AUGCAGUGGGAUACAUGGGGGCUCCUGGCUCGAGAGGAGGCCGCCCUGAUCAAGCCCUUGGGCCAUGCUGAGGUACAACCAUGGGUACUCCUAUCACCAGUGACCAAAGGGCAAUGGCUUACAUGCUUGCCUACCUUACAGGCUACAGCCCUUCCCGCGAGACAAGACCGUCUGCUCCUGCCAUGCUCGCCUGGCAGUGACACAACGCCGUCGAGACGGGCCGCGUGCGUCUGGUCAUCAUGCCGUCUCAUGCUUCUCCGGUCUUGUUUCCUGCAAGUUGAACUGACAAAUGCUCGGGCUACUGCUUCUGCUCCUGCUCGACUGGUGCUGCUGCCCGUUGGCGAUACGAGGAACGGUGACAGAACCAUGCAGCUGCAGCGCGCUCUUGCAUGCCAAGAGAGACUACCUCCUGCUCCCGUGAUUGUCUUGUCUCUCUCUCUCUCUCUCUCAUCCUCGGAGUUCACCUCCGGGGAAAAGCAGGCAGAAGUGAUUUCUAUUCCGAACCUCACCUCAAGAGUGCUGGACCGUCGACGAUGCCAAUGCUUCCAGAUCCUCCACGAGAAGAGCAAAAACGUUCACCCGGGCAUCGCAAUUGCAUCGGGUCAUGGCGAGCCCAGCUACAACAUACCUCAUUGGGAUAAAUGCCCGCCUCAUAUGCCCUGCUCAUGCCUUGCUCGCGCAUCUACGAGGUACUGGUGA